AGACGGAAUCGAGUCGUAUCGAUACCUACGUAAAACACCACAUGGUAACUACAGAGCAGGAGGAUAAAAUGGCGUUGAUCGUUCCGUGUGUGGCCAUAAGAGGUUCCACUGGUAUAUCUAUCUCUCAAGGCCCUCCAACUUACGAACCAGUUUCAGCAUUUGUAAAAGAUGACAACAAAACAUGUAAGACAAUGGCAUUUAGCCCUCAAGGGCAAUACUUUGCUUGGGCGAAUGGACACACUAUUAAGAUUAUUCUUUGCGAGACGUGGCAAGUUGUUGCUGAAAUUAGCAAACCUAAAGUUCAAGCUAUUCAAUUUUCACCUAAAGAUACUUAUCUUAUGACUUGGGAACCUUUCAUUGUAUCGCAAGCUAACCCACAUGGUGGACCGAAUCUCUGCUUUUGGAAUCCAAAAAAUGGUGAACUAGUCAAAAGUUUUAUCCAUAAGAAACAAAUUGACUGGGAACCACAAUGGUCUAGUGAUGAAAAAGUUUGUGGUAUGUUAGUUAAUAAUGAUGUUGUACUUUAUGAAGACUCGAAUUUUGAAAAAGUGUUACAUAGGAUAAAUGUAGUUAAAGUUGCCAAGUUUAGUAUAGCACCUGGUGCUGCUCCAUAUCAUGUUCUUUGUUACAUGCCUGGAAAGUCUGGGCAGCCAUCAUUUGGUAGAUUAUAUCAAUAUCCUAAAUUCCAAGCAAGUCAACCUGUAGCAAAUAAAAGUUUUUUCCAGGAUGAUAGAGUAGAUAUAUAUUGGAAUAAACAGGGAACUAGCUUGUUACUAUUAACUAGUACUGAUGUUGAUAAGACUGGUGCUUCUUAUUAUGGAAAACAAACUUUGCACUAUUUAGAUAUUAAAGGACAAACGGCGUUGGUUAUGCUGAGUAAAGAGGGUCCUAUUCAUGCUGUAGAAUGGUCUCCCAAGGGAAAUGAGUUUUUAGUUAUUUAUGGUUUUAUGCCAUCAAAGGCAACAUUGUUUAACCUUAAAUGUGAAGCUGUAUUUGAAUUUGGAACGAAACAUCGUAAUGCUAUUUACUACAAUCCUCAUGGCAAUAUUGUAAUUUUGACUGGUUUCGGCAAUUUGAGGGGAGGCAUUGAACUGUGGGAUACAAAUCAUAGAAAACUUAUUGCUACAUCAGAUGCUCCUGAUACUACAUUGCUAGAGUGGUCUCCAGAUGGUGAACAUUAUAUGACAGCUACUACAGCACCAAGACUGAGAAUGAGCAAUGGAUUCAAAAUUUGGCAUUACACUGGAACAUUGUUAUAUGAGCGGCCUUGGAACAAACAGGAAGAGUUAUGGGAAGUUAUAUGGCAAAGGUAUCCUGUUGAUACUUUUAAACAAAAAUCCAUAAGUUAUAAAGCAGUGGAUGGCAUAGCCCCCAGUCAACCUCAAGCAUCAAAGCAAGUAUACCGACCGCCAUCUGCCAGAGGAACUACUAUCACUUUCAAGUUACAUGAUGAUGAAGAUGAUACCAAGCAGACCGAAUCUAACCCAUCGAAAAAUGCAUUGAAAAUCAAAAAGAAGCGCGAAGCUAAAAAGGCUAAAAAAGAACAAGAAGCUGCUUUAGCUGGAACUCAAAAUACUAAUAUAACUGCUAAUGGUCAGACAAGCGCUAUUAGUCCUAAAGUUAGUAGUCCAACCAGUAAUUCAGCAAAUAAUGAUCUCACUGAUGAUCCAGAAAAAAAUAAAAAGAUAAAAAGAAUAAAAUAUAAAUUGGAACAAAUAUCUAAGCUCAAGGAGCAACACCAGCAGGGUAAACAGCUGGAGAUUAACCAAUUGGAUAAAAUAAAGAAAGAAGCUGAAUUGAUCAAGGAGUUGGAGGAAUUGACAUUAUGAUGUUUGAUAGAGUAUAAGAUAUUUAAUAAAUGCUUAAACUUAAGAAACAAUGAGAUGAUCUCGAAAAAUCGGUAAUAUUUUGGGCCAAUUGAUAACGGAUCAAACCUACAAAGCAUUUAUGAUUCGUUAUUGUGAUUCAAUUUUUGUCGAUUCAUUAUUAAAACAAAAUAUUGGUGCACACAAUAAUGGAUUGAUGGAGUUACUACUAAGUAAUCAUUAAAUAACUGAUGUGAAUGUUUCAUCAAUAUUAAAAACUAAAUCAAUUGAGUUACUUUUUAAUAUUUAUAAAAGUACGAAAAAUUCUCAUCUUCCAAAGGAAUAUAAUUUACAUGUAUAGAAGGCACAAAUGAAUGACAAUUUCAAGUGUAGAAUUUUCUAAACAUUGAAAUCUUGUUCCUUUCACUUUGAACAUAAGAAUUGUAAAUACAUAAACCCUCUGUGUUCAUUUGUAAUACCUUCUUUCAAACUGUUUAUACAUUACUAACAAAUGCUCAUUCAUCACAAAUUUUGAGGCUUGGAUAUUCUUAUUUAAAUUGAUUUUUUUCGUCUCAGGAAAUUUUUUCAGUUCGCAUCAGAAGAUUAAUAACUAUAUCUAUUUUUCUUGCAAUCUCCAUGUUUUUUGCUUCGAAUAAAAAACUACUAGACAGAAUAUUUCUUUGAAUUUGUACAAAGUAAUUAAAUAAUAAGGCUACAAAAAAAAAACACACACACACUAAUAGAUGGUAAAUAUAACAAUGAAAAAAAGUAACAUGAUACAUAGUUAACUGAUAGAAGAUUUUUUUUCUUUUUGACUGCGUUUGAAAAAUUAUAAAAUAUAAUAAACAAGAAAGUUACUAUUCUCAGUUUACACUAUUCAAUAAAUUUUUUUUCAAUACCAUUUUCUAUGAAAUGGUUAUUUAUAAUCAUUAAGAAACAUUACACGUUAAGACCAAUUAAAAAGCUUUCUUCAUUUUCAAUUGUGAAAUAUAUGAGGUAGAUAAUAUUGUAACUCAACUGUUAAACAAAUUAAUUCAUACUUUAAUUGCAAAGCAAUGUUAAUUUAAUGAUUGUAUAUCUGUAUUUUUUAAUAAUGUUUGAGGUCUUGCUUA